GGCAGCUGCUGCCGCGAGAGCAUCAACGUGAGCGCCGCCGAGAUGGGCUGGGACGACUGGCUGAUCGAGCCUCGGAACUUCACCUUUUACCACUGCCGAGGCGCCUGCAGACCCAGCGUGGCGUCGUCGGCCUCGGCGAACACCAGUUUCUACAACGCCAUGCUGCAGAUACUGAUGAUGAACCAGCCCGUGAACACGCCCCUGCGCAACUCCCUGGCCCCCUGCUGCGCCCCCACCAAGUACGCGCCCAUGCAAUUGCUCUUCCAGUCACGAAACUCCGUCAAGUUGCAGACUUACACGGACUUAAUCGUCGAGUCUUGCGGCUGCAACACGUAGCCAAAGGGUCGGGUUCGGAGCCACUACCUUCUGCCUUUCCACAGCGACUGGACGGUUCCUGUUGCCAGCUGUCACAACUUGUAUCUUCUGCGUGUCUACUUUGUUUCAUAAGGAGUGUAUCCGUCAGACAAGGUGUUAGAAAGGCCAUGAUUUUUCAGACCAUGUUAUUUUUCUGAGACUUCAUAUUUUGUGUGUAAAUAUUUGCUUCAUUAUUUAUCUAGAUGAGCUGAAAUUUAGACAAGUGCACGCACUUAUACAAGCGUAUGCAGCUCUAUGGUUUCUUGAGCCUUUUGCUGUAAUAAUAGUUUCAUCACUAUCAUUUUCAUCAUGAAAUGUACUAUCACCGUCAACAGCAUUUAUUUAUCUCAAGUUCUUUCCAAAGUGAUACUCUCAACUAUCGUAUAUACAUUUCUACCUUCAGAAUCUCACUAACAUUUAGAUAUUGCAUCAUAUUAUCAUCAUGCAAGUACGAUUGAAAAUGCCGAUCACUUCUAGUAUUCCUUAUCAUGUGGCUACCGCCAUGUUAAUGCUUAUAAUGUCAACGUAGCCAAGCUUUUGUUCAUAUGCGAAUGUCGUUUUCUCAUUAUUUUAUAAGGAUCAUCAAACAUCAUCAUGGCCUCUUGUGAUAUUUUUUCAUAAACAGUUAGAAGCACCGUUAGGGUGAACGUUACAUGCGAUCAUUGUUACGAUUACCAUUUGCAUUUAGUCAUUUAUAUAGAUUACAGCCGAUCCUCAAAGCAAACAACCAC